UGUUGGGGGGUCCCCGGAAAGCUGCUUCCGGGUCAAUGCAGGACACUGGGCUCUGGCGGCCGGAGAAGGGGUCGAGGUGAAGCGGAGCCGGUCCGGGGCCGGCCUGGAGCAGGCCGGAAACCGAGCGGCGGCGACGGCGGUGGCCGGGCGGGCGAAGGUGCAGCCCGAGGAGCCGCCGCCUCCCGGGCCGAGGGACUUUUCAGAGCAGAAGAUGGACCAGCCUAGUGGGAGAAGUUUCAUGCAAGUAUUGUGUGAAAAAUACAGUCCUGAAAACUUCCCUUACCGCCGUGGCCCUGGGAUGGGAGUCCAUGUUCCAGCCACUCCUCAGGGCUCUCCUAUGAAAGAUCGCCUCAACCUCCCGAGCGUGCUCGUGUUGAACAGCUGCGGGAUUACCUGUGCGGGAGAUGAAAGAGAAAUCGCAGCCUUCUGUGCUCACGUGUCAGAACUCGAUCUUUCUGACAACAAGCUCCAAGACUGGCAUGAGGUCAGUAAGAUUGUGUCCAACGUACCUCAGUUGGAGUUUCUAAACCUGAGUUCCAAUCCUCUGAGUCUGUCAGUUUUAGAAAAAACAUGCGCUGGGUCCUUCUCUGGGGUUCGCAAACUUGUUCUCAACAACAGCAAAGCGUCGUGGGAAACAGUGCACACGAUACUGCAGGAGUUGCCAGAUUUGGAGGAGCUCUUCCUGUGCCUUAAUGACUAUGAAACAGUGUCUUGUCCUUCUGUUUGCUGUCAUUCCCUUAAGCUCCUACACAUAACAGACAAUAACCUCCAAGACUGGACUGAAAUCCGAAAGCUGGGUGUAAUGUUCCCUUCACUGGAUACCCUGGUCCUGGCCAACAAUCACUUGAAUGCUAUCGAGGAGCCCGCUGACUCCCUGGCUAGGUUGUUCCCUAAUCUGCGAUCCAUCAGCCUCCACAAGUCAGGUUUGCAGUCCUGGGAAGACAUUGACAAACUAAAUUCAUUCCCCAAGCUUGAAGAAGUGAGGUUGCUAGGAAUUCCUCUUCUGCAGCCGUAUACCACUGAGGAGCGCAGGAAAUUGGUGGUGGCCAGAUUGCCCUCCGUUUCCAAACUUAAUGGCAGUGUUGUCACAGAUGGUGAGCGAGAGGAUUCUGAGAGGUUUUUCAUCCGGUACUAUGUGGAUGUUCCACAGGAGGAAGUGCCAUUCAGGUAUCAUGAGCUCAUUACAAAAUAUGGGAAAUUGGAGCCUUUGGCGGAAGUGGACCUAAGACCCCAGAGCAGUGCAAAAGUAGAAGUCCACUUCAAUGACCAAGUGGAGGAAAUGAGCAUCCGCCUGGACCAGACAGUAGCCGAACUGAAGAAACAACUAAAAACUCUAGUGCAGUUGCCCACAAGCAGCAUGCUUCUCUACUACUUUGACCACGAGGCCCCGUUUGGCCCAGAAGAGAUGAAGUACAGCUCCCGAGCACUGCACUCUUUUGGCAUUAGGGAUGGAGAUAAAAUUUUUGUGGAAUCAAAAACAAAAUAACGUCUACCAGCCUUGUAAAAACUCACAUAAGGACUUCCUGCAGGGUGUUUGUUUCCAGCGUGCUCUUCUUUAGGAGGAAGGGCGCUUCCAUUUUGUUUUGGGUUUUGUUUAGCUUUGGAAGGGUUUUGUAUAUUUUAUUCCCCUAGGAUGGAUAGAUUUUUGGUAUUUUCUACCACAGAUUUUUUCAGCUCAGUUAGCAGACAUAGCUGCAUCUCCAGUCUUUAUGUGAGCGCUCUCUCUCUCUCUCUCUCUCUCUCUUUCUCUCUCUCUUUCUCUUUCUCUCUCUCUCUCUCUCUCUCUCUCUCUCUCUCUCUCUCUCUCUCUCUCUCUCUCUCUCUCUCUCUCUCUCUCUCUCUCUCUCCUCUUUCUCUCUCUCUCCUACCCCCCAAAGAUGACAGAGAAAUCACCGACUUCUUACUGUGUCACUGGGGUUUGUCAGCCACUGGGCUCCUUCCUGCUAAGCCCAAAGACAGCACGUGGCCUCUCAGAGGGGUGAUGCACAGUGUUCACAUCCAGAGAUGGGGAUCUUCCUUGGGAGGGCCUUCUCUGGCUCUUCCUUCCCUACCCUCCUCCUCCUCCAGUCCUUUCUGUUUGGGGGUCUGGUUUUCAUUCUGACUUUUACCCACUUACUUGGUAGUUUUACUCUGUUCAUAAUUUAACUUGGUUUUGUUGUUUUGUUUGUUUUUCCCCUUCUCAUUCCCAGUUUUAAAUGGUUUUGAGUAUUUUAAGCAUUUUCAGCCUGAUUCUGAUCUCAGGAACUCAGUUAUGUUUUAAAGAGAAGUAGAUGGAGCGUUAAACCCUAGGAAACUUGUUGUUCUCCUGGAAGCCUGGGCCGGGUAUUUUAACCUCUCCACCACUGCCCCAGAAGCCCCUCCAGUGUUAGAUCAGCUGGCACUCCCGUUAUCUGGCACUUGUCCUGUUCUGGGGGUCUUUCCUUAAUGCUCAGUGAAUGUACUUCCUGACAGCUUUAUCACAUAAGCUAUUGGAAAUAAAGGAAGAGUUCUGGGUACCCGCUCCUUAGCAGAGAAUCAGCUGCUAAGCUGGCCAGGAGCAUGAAGGAAGUGAUGGGAUUGGGGGAGAAAGCUUGCAGGCUUUCCACCUGUGUGUCAUCCUGAGUGAGGGCCGUCCUUGCUCUCUCUAAAGGGAGAGAUUUUAAUCACAGGGAGCUGUGGCUCCCACCUUUUUCUUGGGACUUUGUGAUGAUGUGAUUGAACAGCUGUUUUUGUUUUGUAUUUUAUGUCCCCUGUAUUUUUGCCUAGUCUACGAGUGAACUUUCAGUGUCAAAGCCCCCCAGGUGUUUUUGCUGGGGUGUGUAUAAAGCACUUGACCUUUGACACCGUCCCUUACCUACUCUCCUACUCUAAAAUCUUUUCUUUGGCCUUUGUUAACCUGGUUGGUUUCAUUGCAGUUUUUUGUUUUGUUUUGUUCUGUUCUAGUUUUUGUUUUGUUUUGGCUUUUAACAUUUUUUAUGUGACUCCACCCCUCCCUACAAACUUAAUUUUGUGUAAACUCUUUAGGUGACCCAUGUGACCUCUUCACAGAUGGGGAGAUGUAUCCUUUUAAGUUCUCUCCUCCGCCAUGUGGCAGGUGUUUGCUCUCUUGCCACCGCACUUCAGGUUCAGCAUCUCUAAGGCUGCUGACCAGGGCCUCCUGAGGCAGGCCUGCAUUCACUGCAGCAUUAAGGGUGAAAGCCAAAGGGUUUAGAAAGAUGAAUGAAGCCGGUUCUCCUGCUGCAGACUUUGUCUCAGAAUGCUAAAAAAUGAGCAGUGGGGAUCUGGCCGGUAUAGACGGGGACAGUUAUUUUGCAGUCGAAUUUUCUUGACAGAUUUUUGGAAAUAGGAAAAAAAAUUGUGGCAACCGUGUCCUGAAGAUAAAGACUGGUUGCUUUGUGUAUGUGCGUGUGAGUGCGGAGGAAUUUGCAAGAGAAACUGUAAUGGAGACGUGGCUUUGUCAGCCUGGGAAACAGUUGCACUCUUAUUUUUGAACUUUGGAGCCACUAUUGUCCCACGGCAGAAGGCAGAGUGAGCACUUACACUUUGGUCACAAUGAGAUAUUUUAUAUAUGACAGAGUUUUAAGAGAGGCUUUUUUACUCUUUGAAACUCGUAUCUUCUGUUCUUACUCAACAGUGUUUAUCUGCUGCAGGCCUAAUCCUUUAUUACAGUUGCAUGUAAGAGGAGCCUCUCAUCCAAUCCAACUGGCAUAGGUAUUUUUAGGGCACUGUAAUUGGUGGUUUGAAUAAUUGCCGAAUCAUUUCCAAUUAGGAAAAUCUUAAGUACAAUCCUUGGCCUUUUAGAAUUAACAGAGGUAAAUAAGGAAGCGGUUUGAGCAUGCGUACUUCCAGAUUCAUUUGGGUGGCUGAGUAAAGAAGCUGGUUUUGAAAUAAAAUCGGUGCUGCGUAGACAUUUAUAACCAAAAUUAUUUUUAUAACAGACCCAGAAGGAGGAGAGAAGAGACUGUGGACCUUUGAGCCUGCAUUGUUACCCAUCAUGCUUGUCUGUAUUUCAUACUGAUUUCAUCAGAUUGAGUGGAAGCAUAUUGUUGACAGUUAGGAGGCGAAAGCUGUUCUUACUGGUAUCACAGAGGUGUGCCUUUGGCACGGCAGGUAGAACAUGCCUUUCUAAAGCAGAAGUUCUUCUCAGCGGUGGGAAAGGAAAAGAGUAACUCAAGAAAGCCAAAUCCAAACGUAGGGUCCUCCCCAUGGGCUGAGCUGCAGGGUCCUCCCCACGGGCAGAGCUGCUGAAGCUUCAUUCCAAACGGAUCUGUUAGUUUGAAUUGUUGAGAUAGCCUAGAUUGCUUUAAGAGAGAGGGGGUCCACAGUUGCCUGCUUCUGCAGCCCGUCACCAUAAAUGCACAAGAUAGCAGCAGAGAUAAAUGCCCCUUGUUCUUAGAGACCCUCUGGUGAAAAUGAAGCCACGGAGCAGAGGGCUGCAGUGCUAUACGCAGAAAAAGAAGGAGCUACAUAAGCAAAGGAAGAGCAAAUGAAAUUCCAGCUGGGAAUUUUAGCCAUGUCACCCCACCAGCCCUGCUGGGAACAGAGAACACUUGGUUGUGCAGUAUUGAUCACCACGGGAGCCUUGCCACCAGUAGCUUUUCCUAACACACAUGAGUAUGGUUCUCUGUACUGCAGCUUAGGCCCCAGGCAAGUAGAACGUGACUCCAGACCAGAAUGCUCUGUAGUUCUAUGUACUGAAAUUUUUGUUUAUGAAUUUCACUUUUCUCUUCAUUUCAUGUAAGACUGAAAUGCAAACAAACUGCUUUCAAGAAUGCCCAGAGGCUCUGUGUCUCCCAAAUGUUGUUGUGAACUCUACCAUUUUUCAUAGGUGCUUCCUUAAAAAUGUAUGUUUAUUCUAGUGACCAAGACGGGACUGGACUCUCAGGCCCUUUACAGUUGUCUCCUGCAGUUAAUGGAAAUAUAAAUAUAUAUAUAUAUUUUAUUUUAGAAUAUAAUUUAAACAUGAAGGUCUAUUCUUUGCACUUUUUAUUAAUAUAUAUAUAGAGAGAUAAUCUUUAAAAAAAAUUAAAAAUCCAAGUCCA